AUGAAAGCCGCGCUCCGCCAGACGAUCAAAACGCGACUCGCUAAAGUGAGCCAGCCAGAGCUUUUGGCGCAGUCGCAGCGAGUUCUCGCCAAGCUCACGGCGUUGCCCCAGUACCAGAACGCCCAGACUAUCGCGCUCUACAUGUCGAUGGACAACUCCGAAAUUAAGACAGAUCUGCUGGUCAGAGAUGCCCUUGAACGCGGAAAGCGUGUCUUCUUGCCCCGCAUCACACAGUUGUCAAAGUUCCAGGACUACCGGCGACACGAAAAACAGAAAUCCUGCUUGCAUUUUCUACAGGUAGAACUAGACGAUCUCGAGAAAAUGAAGCCGCAGGGAAAAUACCAGUUGCGAGAGCCAACGUUCCAAUUUGCAGGCGGAAAAGUGGUGAACGAUCUUCUGCUUACCAACACCCGGCUCGACCUCAUGGUCAUGCCGGGACUCGCCUUUACGCCGAACUGCGACCGGCUCGGACACGGCGUGGGCUUCUAUGACGACUUCAUCAAAAGAUAUCACGAAAAGUACAGCACAAAACCAUAUCUGCUGGGAAUCGGGCUCAAAGAACAGCUGGAGCAGACGCUGCCCCUGGAGGCUCAUGACGAAAAACUCGAUUGUGUGAUUCUGGGAGACGGGCAGUGCUUCCACUAG